AUGGAUGAGGAGGGUACACAAUACCAAGCUCGUGUCUUCAAUCAGAAUUUCUCCAGAUUUCGUCAUCUUUUAAAGGAAGAUGAAAGUUAUAUAGUUAUAAAACCCAAUAUGGCUGCUGUUACUAAUGGUUUUAGUUAUACAGAUGACAUUAAGGGCAAUUUUCCAUUAAAAACAAUCUGUGAGAUCACCGAACCAAUUAAGGAAAUGAAGUUUUUAUUAGUUGCUUCCAUUGUUAAUAUAAGGCAGAAUCUACCAUGGUAUUAUGAAGCAUGCAAAAAUGUGGAAAAAAAUUAUCCCUGUUCCCAAAACCAAUCAUUUGUAUACCAACCCUGA